AUGUCCAGUGUAUUACUAGGAGCCUCCAAUUCGCAGGAGAAUCUCGAUGUUGCUAAUAGUACGGCCCACUCAUCAGUGGAACAAGCUCAAGUCGACAAAGAGUCAUAUUCCGGCUCGUCUGAGCUAACUCCAGUAUCCUCGUAUGCAUCUAGCAUAUCCUCCAGUCGAGAUAAUCGCUCGCCAGAUGCCAGCGUCGAGGACAGAGGUGACCGAACUCGUGAAGAGACCGACUCGGAGAAUCGGAGGACGUCAGACGAUGAUGAAGGGACGCCAAUGCGCACUAGCACGACUGUUACACGAGAUGAAAGGAAUUAUUAUCGCGAUUUACUGCUCAAAAGACUCGAGCAAAUGUUCGUCAAAGCUGGUCUAGCCUUGACAUCAUACGGAAGAGUCCCAUGGACAAAGCUAGGCGAAACUCUGGCAGCCGGAGGUUGCUAUAUUUCAGGGUUCCCGGAAGACCUCGCUCCGACAGCAUCCAACGAUCAACUCUCCGGCGGUUCAGCACCGUCGACUUGGGGUGUUAACAGAAGCAAACCUCUCUUGAACCUCAUCGAAUCUGGUAAACUCCAGAUCUUGCGACGCCCUCCAGGGAGAAGGGUACUAUUCGAACUGGUAAAAUCUGACGGCAGCAAAUACGACUCGACCAUUGGUUAUUCCAGUCGAUGGCUGCACGAUCAUAUGCGUCAGGAAUUCCCCGCUCCCAAGCGAUCCCGCAAAGAAGCAGUGUCUUCUCCAGAACCCGAUUAUGAUUCGUCGUCUGACAGCUUUACAUCAGUUUCAGAGAAAGACUGGAAACCGAAUCGAAAAAAGCAGCGGUUGGAAAGUUAUGACGCACGUCUAGCAGCUUCGAUAUAUGCAAACAGUCGCAAGACCGCUGUCCUGCGCCGUACGUCCUCUCAGACCACCAUCCCAUCGACGAGAAAUUCGACCAGUCAAAAAUCUGGACUAAAUGUAAAGCAAGGCGAAAAAUGGAAGGAUGGUGGAAUCGUCAAGAAAGUUGGGAAAGGUUGGAUCGUUGUAGAAGAAUCAUCCUCAGAAGCUGAAGAGGAUACCACCGUGAGAGAGAAAAGCGACAUUUCCUCCAUCAUAACCGUAUCGGAAGCGGAGGUCACAAGCAAGAAACGAAAGCGAAGUGAACCGCCGGAAUCAGGCCCAACCCCUACGAAGAGACCACACGUCGACCGACGUGAACCCGCGAUAUCUGACGAGAAGCGACUACAAUCCGUCAUGCAGCAAAUCUCCAAGCUAAUCAAGGAUUGCGGAUACGUUGGCUCCAGGAAGCUUCCAUGGAGCUCAUUACCAACUUUCCUUUGCCAAAAGAAGCUUUUUAUCACGGGAUUUCCAAAUACCUGUAUCCCUCGUGUGAUCGGCGACGAAGUCAAGACCGCAUCCUCGCCACCACAUUGGAAGGCUGCUCAGGUAGCCGCUAUGGAAGAGGCUUUCGCCAAAAAUCUGGUCAAGGUCCUUCCACGCCCUGAUGGUCGUAGAGUCUUGUUUUCUACGUCAGGAGUGGAUGGGAAAUUUUAUGACACUACUUGCGGGUAUUCGGACGACUGGAUUGCUAAACAUUUACCCGACACAGUAUCGCCAGCAAUCCCAGAAGCCAGUAGCCAGAGUCCCGGCUCGACGCGACCAUCUCUCAAGAUUAUUAUUCCAAAUUCGAGUCAGCAGACAUCUUCUCAACCUGUUCCACGCGGGGAAAACCAACCCCCUAUCAUUAACAAUGCCAAGCCUGUGGUCACUCAUUCAGAAACACCGCCGAAGAUAACGCCCCUCCCCCGAGCCGACAUACCUACACCUAUUAUAUUCCUUCAACCUCCUACACCCGAAGACGGACAGUCUACUGCGCAGCCUCCUCAACCAAUGCCCCUAGAAAAUAUGAGUAUAGACACCCCGCGCGAAGGAGCGGCACCACCCAUAAUUCAGUCACCAGAGAAGCCAAAUUCUCCACAUGCAUUGGUUCUGCCUCCUUCGCCACCGCCCAUGGACCCCGUUUCCUUGCCCAAGACUUUGGCAAAUGACGAGAUGGACAUGACCCCCACGGUGAAGUCUCGAAAACGGGGCUCAUUCACUUUUACUAUUCCACCAGCCAGGAGUGUCGGUAAGGCUCGUCAAAAGCGCGAUAGCCUAGGGCAAGGAUCCCAGCAAGAGCUCACUUCGAUCGAUGGUACUGGCUCUGGAUACGAUCUCUCCCUACUGUUUGAAGCCAACGAGGAGGAUACCCCAGCAGGUAGUCUUCCUCUCCAUCUUGUCUCCAAGGUCCCGCAGCAACUGGGCCCAAUUCCCCCUCCAGCGACAUUACGUCCAGCGCCCUCGACUCCCACUCCCCCAAGACCCCUGUUGCCAUUCGGUCAAGACCUUGUCGGAAAGAUUGAUGCCCCAUCACCCUCGAAGUUUGAGACCAAGCACGCAAUCGAGAAGGUUAUUCGACCUGCUUUAAUCAAGCUUUUUGAUGCUGCUGGUCUAUCCUCACCGGAAAACCCAAUUCCUUGGGUCACCCUUCCGCAGCUGCUUUGCAGCAGGCGGCUAUUUAUCUCCGGCUUCCCGAAAGCAUGUCUCCCAAGGGUGGUGAGAGACAGGGUAGAUUGGGCGAGCGGGCCAAAACAUUGGUCCUUUUCUGCACUUACAACCAUGCACAAGGCUCUCAAAGCCGGUGACGUCAAAAUACGACGCAGACCGCGGGAAAGGGUCGUCCUGUUUCACAUACUGCCGACAGAUGCCGAAAGAGAGCUCGGAAAUCAUCACGGGACUGAUUCGACACUAAACUUCUCGCAAGCAUGGCUAAACGAGUUCAUGACGGGUGACACGACGCAAAGCGCCAAUGAAACAAUGCAAUUCGAACCUCUCGAGGCCUCACCCCUGCGCGCUCAAACCACUCCUGCGACACCGCUUCGACCGGUCUGGGAGCGCCUAGGCAGGAUCAAGAUCGACGAGAGUGAUAGUGAGGAAGACAUUGUUGUUCCCGAGCCACCUUGGAAGGUUGCGAUGGAAGAGCUUACCCGUCCGCCUCCAAGCUCUGAACUGCAUCGGUUGGCCACAGUUGGAGAGGUGCCAGGAAGCGAUCUUGAGAGUGAUUCAACCUCUGAAGACAGUCAAAAUGAGGAGGAUGAGAAGGAUGAGAGUGAAACGAAACUCUCAUUGGCAAAACUUGUACCUUCACACCUUCCAUUUUCCUUCCAGAGGCGAGGUCGGGUCAUUCUUACCACAGAGGAUGUCUUUGAGUGGCUUCCCAACGAUCCAUACGCCACUGAUUGUCCGCCCUCGCGAAUGGUCUGGAAUCCACAUAAGGGCAAAUGGAAAUUGCUGCCAGAGAUUAGAGACAUGGUAGCAUUGGACAGAACAGUAUCACCCAUCGAAAUACCUACCCGUGUGGGCGGACACAUUCUGAGGCACGGAGUCGUCGAGCACAACCCAACAAUCAACGUAUGGGAGUGUUCUUUUGUCGGCCGAGACCUUUCUGGUGACUUACGCUGGUCACCCGAUAUCGCGGCAUGGGAGUGGAUUCUCCACGAAGAUGGGAAGCAGUGGUUGAGGCGUACGCCUACUCGGACUUACGAAGCUAUCCAGCAAUGA